GUCAGCCCGCGGGGUUUACCGCAGUGUCCUCAUCUCUGUCUUCAUCACCUCCUCCACCACCACCACCAUCAUCAUCCUCCUCUUCAUCGAUCCCCUUCGGAUCGAUCCUGGCCUGAUUAAGCCGCGGGAGCGCGCUGACGCACGGACACACACCUCCUCCUCCUCCAUCACCUUCAUCUUCGUGCUCAUCAUCCUCGCCGUCAUGUCCGGAUCCAAGGAGGAGGACCGCAAAGAGGAGGGCGAGUGGGGAGACGCGUUCUGGAACCCGCGCACACACGAGCUGCUGGGCCGCACGGCCGCCAGCUGGGGUCUUAUCCUGCUCUUCUACCUGGUCUUCUAUCUGUUCCUGGCUGGCAUGUUCGCUCUUACUAUGUAUAUCAUGCUGCUGACGCUUGACGACUACAAACCCACCUGGCAGGAUCGCCUGGUCACUCCAGGGAUGAUGAUUCGUCCAAAAGGUGAGCAGCUGGACAUCAGUUUCUCAAUGUCCAACACAGAGAGCUGGGACAGCUUCAUCCAGAACCUCAACACUUUCCUGUCACCUUACAAUGACAGCUACCAGCUUCAGACCAACGAUUACUGCCCUGCUGAUGAAUACUUCAUCCAGGAAGACAGCGGAGAGGUGAAGAACAACCCGAAGCGCUCCUGUCAGUUCAACCGGACAAUGCUUGGAGAUUGUUCUGGGAUAGGGGACCGCAUGUAUGGAUACGACAAAGGCCAGCCUUGUGUCCUAAUCAAACUGAACCGGGUGAUCGGGAUGUUACCCGGGAGGGACGGAGAGUCUCCAUACGUCACUUGUGGAGCUAAGAGGGAGGACAGUGAUAAGAUCGGACCGCUGGCUUAUUAUCCCCAGAAUGGAACCUUCAACCUCAUGUACUACCCGUACUACGGCAAGAGAGCCCAGGUGAACUACACUCAGCCGCUCGUGGCCGUGAAGUUCCUGAACGCGACUCUGAACACCGACAUCAGCGUGGAGUGUAAAAUCACCUCCAACACUCUGGUGACCGGCGGCGAGCGGGACAAGUUCGCUGGACGAGUGUCCUUCAGGCUGCGAAUCAGCGACAAAUAGACACACCUGCACACACACAUGUAGCACACACACACACACACACACACACACACACACACACACACACACACACACACACACACACACACACACACACACACACACACACACACACACACACACACACACACACACACACACUCAUCACAGCUCGCUUGUUUCCAGUUCUCCUUCCUCCAGCUGACCAGCUGUGUUUGUUUUCCUGCUUCAUGAUGCAUUCAAACGUUUAUUUCCAGUCGGUUUAUUCCUCCACGGUUGUGUAAACACCCCUGUUUUUCACAGUUUUUCAGUGUUUUUUCUCUGUGCAGCUUUAGCUAAAAACACAGCCUGAAACUGACCACUCAGCAUGCUCACAUUCUCUGACGUCACUGCCACUGAGGAACUGCACAGAUGAUGGUCUUCACCUCCAUCAUCAUUGGUCUGCAUGAAUAAAAGACCAAAUAUUGAUAGCACAGUCACAUAUUUAAACCUUAAAUGUUUGCAUUUGUUCAUGGUUUUAUUCAUUUAUAGUCUCUUUAUUUGUGUAUUUAGGAUUCAGACUGUUUUACGUGUUACAACUAAGAGACAAAGAAAACAGCUGAGAAACCCAACAAGAACAGAAAUCUGUCCAAAGUGUUAUAAACUCAGACCAGAAACGAGUUCCCACUCAGAAUCCACCAGAAACCAGGACGGAACAUCAUCAGUCUGAACGCAAACCAGUUCAGAAACCAGUUCUGAGGUGUUUCAUCCUUUCCAACUCGUGUAAAACCUGACCAGAACCCAGAGCAGAACCACCUAGGAUCCAGAUCCUGAACCAUCAAACUGGGAGGAAGGGCACAGAUACAGAUCUUUUGAUCCAUAUUAUUAUUGAUCAUUCACCUGAACAGAGUUCAGAGUUGCAGGAUUAAUCCUCCCCAUCCCUCUGCUGCCCGCUCACCUUGUAAUAGAUUACCUUCCUUAACCAGUCAGACACCAUACUGCCAGCCAUGUUGCCACGGCAACAGUUGCAGGACAUUUCUGUUUUAACUGAAUCUGGUCUAAGGGGAGGCGGGGAUGACCACCAGUACGGGUUUAUCUGGGACUGGAGUUUAAACCAAUCAUCAGAUAGAAUUAACGCCCAUGGAAGCAGGAAGUAGCUUCUGGAAUCUCCAGAUAUGACUGUUUUUUAAAAGUUUUAUUUACUGAUUAAUAAAUCCUGCACCUCUUAAGAUGAGCUGCUGCCUGAAAACUGCAGUUUAACACAGUUUAGAAGCUUUGAAUGUCCGGAAAGCAGAAUAUAGGACCCUUAAACACAAACCAGUUCAGAAACCACUUCAUCUGUCUGAGUGUAGACCGUUCUAGAAACCAGUUCUCGAUCCAAAUGCUAACCAGUUCCCUAACCAGGUUGGUUAUGGAGAUGUUUCCAGGACAACGGAUACAAUAUCAUCUUUCCAGCAUGUCCUGGUUCUACUACCUGUUAGACAUGCACGAAACUCCUCCCUCUGCAGGUUUGCAGGAGCGAAUGAACCACCUGAACCGGCUUAGCUGGCCCAGGAACCAGUCACAGGUUCUAAACCAGAACCCGGCCAGUAUCAGGUUCAUUAGUCUAUAAAGACCAGUUCAGGAACUGGAUCAGAAGCCUAUUCAUGGUCCAGUUCCAUCACAUUAGUUUGUACAAAAGCAGUUAUACUGGUAUACAAACCAGUUCAUCAACUUAAGCACAAACCAGUUCCAAAACCAGUUUAUCAGUAUAAACACAAACCACUUCAUCAACUUAAGCACAAACCAGUUCACAAACCAGUUCAUCAACUUAAGCACAAACCAGUUCACAAACCGAUGUAUCAGUAUAAACACAAACUAGUUCUGAGGGGUAUAGUAAUCCUUUAACUCGUGUCAAAUCCAGCUCAUGAUUUGUUGCCAUGGAAACAGUCUAAUGCAGGCUUUACAAACCCCGACAACGGCAUUUUUUUUUUAAAAACAUGGCAUCUUUUGUAUUUUCCUGUUGUCUCUGUGGCUGCGGGCGAUUGGCCUAUUAUUUAAUUAGUGUAUCACUUAGAGGGUUUAGUUAAGGUUUUAUUAAAGUUAAGUUAGGUAACAAGCUGUCCAUGUUUGUUUUGUUGACUGCAGGUUUGUUCACAUGUUUGUUUUCCUUUAUUCUCGUCACCGUGGGGCUGUGCAUGACAAAGACACAUAAACUCAACUGUCAAUCUGUCAAUCCCUCUGUCAUGCCACGAAGAACUGCCCUCCCCCACCUGUACUGCUCUCCACCAAUCGUCUUCCUUUAAAGAGCGACCAGCCAAUAAGGUGGUCCUGUUGUAUGAUGUCAUAUGCUGUAAUUGUUUGUGAUUGGUUAAAUUAUCCUGCCUGACAAUGUCCUGAUGUUUAUGAAAUGAAAAAGAAAUUAAAGAAAAACCAACAAAAACAAGCGUGUGGUUCGUGGAA